AUGGAGGAGUUGGACGAAGUCCAGAUACAUCCGGAUUUUCCAGAUCACAAAGUCCAAAUCGGAUCACGAUUGGAUCCUGACAUCAGAACUAAGCUCAUUGAUUUUUUAUCUGCCCAUUAUGAUUGUUUUGCUUGGUCCCAUGCGGACAUGAUUGGAAUUGACCCCGAAAUAAUUGUCCAUAAAUUGCAGGUUGAUCCAGACUACCCACCAAGGAAGCAAAAAAGAAGAAAAUUUGCCCCUGAAAGGAACAAAGCCAUUAACGAAGAAGUUCACAAGCUUAUUGAUAAUGGGUUCGUGAGGGAGGUGCAUUAUCCCGACUGGAAAUAUAAUAUGAAACUGAAUCCAACUAAAUGUUCUUUUGGUGUGACUGCAGGAAAGUUCCUUGGGUACCUAGUAACCCAAAGGGGAAUCAAGGCAAACCCAGCACAGAUAGAGUCAAUCCAAAGGAUUCCUUCCCCAACGUGCAUAAAAGACGUACAGAAACUAACUGGACGCAUUGCAGCACUCAGCCGAUUCAUCUCAAAGUCUUCAGAACGAUGUCACCUCUUCUUCAACACACUAAGGAAAUCAAAAACCUUCGAGUGGACAGCUGAAUAUGAAGAGGCACUGGGCCAGCUAAAACAGUACCUGACCAACCCGCCUCUCCUCUCAAAGCCAAAAGACAAUGAGACAUUAUUCAUCUAUCUAGCAGUAUCCGAGACAGCAGUUAGCGCAGUCCUAGUCCAGGAAGAGGAAGGCAAGCAGUCUCCAGUCUACUAUGUAAGCAAAGCUUUGCUUAAUGCAGAAACCCGAUAUAGCCAGCUGGAGAAGCUUGCACUAGCACUCAUCCACGCAGCAAGGAAGCUACGCCCAUACUUCCAGUGCCAUCCAAUAACGGUCUUGACCACCUUCCCACGCAAAACAAUCCUCCAUAAACGAGAACUGUCAGGCAGACUGACCAAGUGGGCGGUAGAGCUCAGCGAGUACGAAGUAACAUACAAGCCACAAACUUCCCUCAAAUCUCAGAUAUUAGCUGAUUUCAUUGCAGAUUUUACACCUAACAUGCAUGUGCAGGCAGAAAAAGAACUUUGUUGCCUGACCGAGGGACAAUCAGUCGGAAUCUGGAAGUUGCAAGUAGACGGCUCAAGUAACACCAGAGGAAGUGGACUCGGACUCGUCCUGACUUCACCCCAAGGUGACAUAAUCGAACAAGCAGUCAGAUGCGGGUUCAAAGCUACCAACAAUGAAGCUAAAUACGAAGCAAUGAUAGCAGGACUCGAACUAGCCAAAGACAUGGGAGUAAAAAAGAUCAUGGUCUUCAGUGAUUCUCAAUUGGUAGUCAACCAAAUGCAAGGUAGCUACCAGGCCCGGGAUAACAAAAUGACUGCCUACCUCAACAAGACUAAAGAGUUGCAGUCAGUCUUCGACGAGUUCACUAUCAACCAAGUACCAAGAGGGGAGAACAGCCAUGCAGAUGCAUUAGCAAACCUUGGAUCCUCCAUCCAGACAACCGACCCCAAAACAAUACCUGUAGUAUAUCUCCAAUGGCCAGCUGUCUGGAAAGAUGAAGAAGAGCAAGUUAAUGACAUCUCCAACAACCGAACAUGGAUGACUUCAAUAGUCGAGUACUUAGAACAUGACAUACUUCCCGAAGAUAAGAACGAAGCACGUCGGGUCAAGGCUCAGUCAGCCCGCUUCACUAUUAUACAAGGUAAACUCUAUAAACGUUCAUUUUCUGGUCCAUAUUUGAAAUGCAUUAACCCUGCAGAGGCCAAAUACGUACUGGCUGAGUUGCAUGAAGGAGAGUGCGGCAACCACUCUGGAGGACGAAGCUUGGCGCACCGUGCCCUAACACAAGGCUACUACUGGCCAACCAUGCGAGCUGAUGCCUCUGACUAUGCAAGACGAUGCGACAAAUGCCAACGGUUCGCUCAGAUAUCCCACCAACCUCCGGAGCGUCUCAUCUCGAUCACGUCCCCUUGGCCAUUCAUGAAAUGGGGGAUGGAUAUAGUAGACAAGCUUCCAACCGCACCAGGAUAG